UUGCUGAAGGUGGUGACUAGAAAGAGUGAGAUUGAAAUUCAAGAGAGAUGGCAGCUAAUUUGAAUGCUGUCAGAUGUCCGAGAUCAGAACGUACAAGUGUUCCAUAUUUCACGUGGAUUGAAAUAUCUAUAUUCAAGGAGUUGUUACAGAAAUACUCAAGUGAUAUUGAGUGUAAGAAAACAGAUGAAGUGAGCAAUUAUAAAAAACUGGAUGCAUGGAUAGAUUUGUGCCGCGAAUUUAAUUUGAGGAGUUCCUAUCACCGCAGAUAUAUUUUUCAUUUGAAGGGCCUCUGGGAGAAUUUAAAAAAAGAUGCUCCAAACUCAACUGACCGUCAGUGUAUCGAUAAUGAAAGUAGACCUCAACAUUCCUCAGAUCAUACUCCAGAAACAGAUCCGGAAGCACAGGCUACGUUUAAAGAAGGUACAGAAUGUUUGCAGUUGGAGGAGAAGAACAGAACAGGCAAAAUUGCUUCACCUACUAUGGAAGUAGUCCUCAGAAGGCAGCUGAAAAUCGCCAAUCUGAAUCUGAUAAGGGCCACUCACCAAGAACUUCAAAAAGAAGCUGUUCGUAAAGGAAUAUUAUUCGAACUAGACAGAAAAAGAAAGGAGUUAGAAAUAGAGAUUAUGAAAUUAGAUAUUCUCAAGCGAAAGAAAGAAUUGGAUUCCUCUGAAAAGGGCAAUUCAUCCAAAUCUUGUUGAUAAAACUAUUAGCUGUUGAAAUAUUUCGUAUUAACAUUAAUCAGGAAGUAAAGUAAUAUAGUAUAAUAGAAUAAGUAAAGUAAGAAUAAGUAAUAGGUAUAAUAGACAAUUACAACCGAUUUCUCCACCUUGGAAAACAGUAGGAUUUAGCAGUUUUCUGUAAGAGUAUGACUUGGACUUAGUUAUAUAAUGAUCAUUUGUCAUUUGUUUGAGGGGUAGUUACAAGUACAAUGGAACAUACAAAACUAAUUUCGGUCUUCAUAGUAUUUGGCAAACUGCUGAAAAAUAUUCAAUCGUUUCAAUUCCUCCUUAACGUUAUAUUACCAAUAACGUGAAGUGCUCAAAAUAGUCGACUCAUUCCAUUCUUUUUCACGGCAAAGAAAAUGAAAUAAAAUAAAUGGUUGGAACGAAGAGUGAAGGCCAAAACUUAAUACAAGAGACAUUUGUCAUUUUAGUAAUCAACAAUCGGCGCUUUUUGUUGAAACUAAUCUUAUUCCAGUUUGAGGGCAAACACUAUGUGGAUGAGCACUGAUUCUAGAUAAAACUGGAUUCUGUGCAGUCUUUAAUGUUACAUAAUAACUUUUUUGAAGUUAUACA